GUUUAUUUAUUCAUUUUUUAUUUAAGGGUUCUGCACAAAACUCCCCUUUUUUUACCAUUCAAUCCCUUUUGUAUAAAUUUCCUCUCACUGGCACUAUAGUGUAGCUAUUUUUUGAAAGCAAUGCAUUGGAGUCCUGUCACGAAGCUAUUUGGUUGCCAGUAUCCAAUAUCUAAAGCCCCCUUUCCCCCUCCUCAGAAAAAAAACUCGGUAAUCCAUCAUUUAUGCCCAAAUUAAUGGCCGAUGAAAGUGUUUUUAUUUUAGCGAAGAUUGGUUGUCAUGCAUUAAAAUGAUUGGAAGAGGCGAAGGUGAUACCAUGACCCAUAUAAAUCGGCUUGCACAUCACACAUGCGACUUUAACCAAUUUAUGUAUACAUUUUUGGUCUGUGAUUUGUUUGCUUUUCGGUCCGCAAUAAAACACCGAUUUUGAGCUCCAUAAGCUUAUACCAUGUGAAAUGGCAUUUAUUACUCAAAAUUAAAACAACAUUGAAGCCAUAAAAGCAACCUCAAUGACAAAGAGCAAGAAGGGAUUGAAGACUGUGAUACGCAAAUCCACACGACGACGGACAACGGCGUAAUAUCUGGUGGAAGUGGUGAUGGACGUGAUGAGUUUAAGCUUUGCUACGCCCGUAAUUCACUUUCGAUUUCAAUCGUACUGGAGUAACGCACGCUUUUUGAAUACUAAGCAGCAAGUUAGUCGUUUUAGUAUAAAAACCACUGCCAACAGCAAUAACAGUAUCAAAGUUCAGUUUUCGUUCAAUCGAAGUAAACCAAACAAACCAACAAAACCACUCAAGAUGUUCAAAUUCAUUGCUAUCUGCUUCAUGGCUGUUGUUGCCCUUGCUGCCGCUAAACCAGGUGUUCUUGCCCCAUUAGCCUAUUCAUCACCUUUGGUAGCUGCCCCAGCUGCAUACGCUUCAUACGUUGCACCAUACGCAUCCAGCUACAACGCCCAUUCUGUUGCUCACUCUGCUGCCUAUCCAGCUUAUGCUGCCGCUGCUCCAUUGGUUGCUGCUCCAGCUGCAUAUGCUGCUGCACCUGCUUUCGCUCCAGCUGCCUAUGCUGCUGCUCCAGCUUUUGCACCAGCCGCUUAUGCUGCACCAGCUCCUUUUUUGUUGAAGUAAGAAGGAGAAGAAUUUGAACACUGAUUUUGGAACUAAGCUUUUAAUUUGAUCAACGAUAAAAAUAAAAAACAAAACAAA